AUGGGCGCGCGGAUAUCCUGGCUGAUCCUGCUGCAGCUGUUGUCCGUGCUUGUCCACGGCUACGACAACGUGGGAUUCGACGGCUGGUAUCAACCGGUUCCGCAUCGGCCGGUCGACAUCAUCACGGACGUUAUUAACGACCUAGGCGUGCGGAUUCUGCAGCAGUACACGGCCCACGGGAACGUGGCAUUCUCGCCGACGGGGGUUGGCUUCGUCCUGGCCGCACUCUACGAGGGCUCGGCUGGCAGAGGGAGACAGCAGAUCGCUGAUGCUCUUGGUCUGCCGCGAGAUCGAGACAUCACCAGGAUCGGUUUUCGCGAUAUCCAUCGCAGAUUGAGGACGUAUCUGAACGCGGACGGGUUCCUCGGCGGCCUCACGCUCAAUCACGAGAACACCAAGCUCAGGCCAGAGUACGAGGACAUCCUGAGGUUCUACGGCUUCGACCUGUCCAUCCCCGAGGAGGACACGAACGAAACCACGUCGGUGCCCGAGACCACGACUAGCGGGGUGACUGAACAGCCGACGACGGAAGUCACGACGUCAGUUCCCGAUGAGACCACCGUGCAAACUGCUACCAUGCCUACUACCACCGCGCAAAUUCCUACCACGCAGACUGUUACCACGCAAAGCGAACAGAGUACCGAAAGAACGAGCGAGAUACCUAUGUCGACUACACCCUCGGUAGAGCUACUCGGAAUGACUUUGAGCACGAUAGACGAGCAAGAUAGAUUGACAGAAACUACUCCUGCCGGCGCAGUUUCAAUGGGCGGUACCAAAGCUGCUGCUACUACCUUGCCUAGUUCAAUUACAACUUCAUCUACCCAGACGAUCGCGUCUACUACACCCACGAGUCCUACUACUACGCCUACGGUCUCCACGACAACCUCGACAGAGGGAUUACAAACUACCACGAGCCCUGUUCCACCUACAACGAUGCCUGUCAUUACGACCGUUCAGUCCCCGAGUACCGAAAGUACCCCGAGUACUCCGCCAACUUUGACGAGCGUCGCCAUCGUUCCUACUCCACCUACCACCGCUUCGCAGCCUUCUAUGUCCACCACGUUCACGGAGGCAAGCCCGGAACCGACUACCAUCGUUACACGGAUCGAAUCCGUGACCGAACCCGUCCCGGAGUCAACGACCAUGUCGACAACCUCGUCAACGACCAGUGGAACCACCGUCGUCGUCGUGUCAUCCGUGGAAACGACGGUAACGCCACCAGUCAACGUCACGGAAGCCUCCACGAGUUCGACGAUCCCGACACAGGCGGAUCAGACGUCCAUUGGACCCACGGAUGGACCACCUGCCGACGAGAAUACCGUUUCAACGGACUCGGCGAACAAUCAGUCUAUCUCGAACGAGAUGGGAUCUACCGAUUUGCCAGUCACGACCGUUGCUACAGGUGAAAUCGGGUCGACUGGACAGCUGACCACUGUAUCCUCAGCCACGAUGAUGAAUCGAAGGAAACGUAGCUACAGGAGCCCUAGGGGAUUCUUUUCUAGCUAUCCAGACGAGGGGAUCUGGAUGCAGGACCUGGGUAUCUGGAAGCCUUUUUCCCCGAGCCUGAACGAAGCAUCCGUCAGAGACUCGACGGAGAUAUCGUUCCUAGUGAACGGCUGCGACGUCUCCUCCGUCACGGCAUCCAGAUACUUCGCCGUUCUGCCUUUUGCCUAUUUCCCAUCGUUGCACGCGGUCGCCCUUGAGUUUCCGCUCGACGACCCGAGAUACAACAUCAUCCUGAUGAUGGCGACGGACAGAAGGGACACGUAUCGACUGGCCAGGGAUCUCGGCGGGAAGUCGUUGAGACUGUUGCGGAAGCAGUUACAGUCCACUUGGGUCAGGGCCACCAUUCCCUCCUUCAUGUUGCGCGGGUUCGUCACCUUGACGUCCUUCCUGCAAAGGCUGGGAAUCCUGGACGUGUUCGAGCCGAGAGCCGCCGAUCUUUCGCCGAUGACACCGGACCUCGGCGUGUACGCCAGGGACGCGCAACAGAGCAUCGGGGUGAACAUCAGGAACUACAUGAAACCCGACAGAACCCACUCUCGUAAUGGAUUAUUCGAGAGGGCUGGGCCAGUGCCAUUUACGGUUGUCCAACCGUUCCUCUACUUCAUCGUCGACGCCGAGACCUCGGUGGCUCUGAUCGCUGGCCGGGUCAAUGACCCGCUCAAUUCGCGAAUUUUGUAA